AUGCUCUCUUCAGCCCAAACCCCUCGCUUCCUCCUCCUCCAUUCUCGAUUUCCCCAUAAACUCCUCCACUUCCAAACCCCCAAGUCCCUUCACACUUUCCAAACCCAAGCCCAAAUUCUCUCUCCGUCUCCACCCACCUCCCAAAUCCUCACCAUCCGCGAAUCCCUCCUCUCUCGCUCCACGACCGCCGUCGAACUCGCUUCCAAUUACCUCCACCACCUCCGUCGCACCGAACCACACCUCAAUAGCUUCCUCCACAUAUCCGAUACUGUUUUGAAAGAGGCCGAAGAGAUUGAUAGGAAGAUUCAGAACAAUGAGGAGGUCGGACCUCUGGCUGGGGUUUUGGUGGGGGUCAAGGAUAAUAUUUGUACGGUGGAUAUGCCGUCGACUGCUGGGUCUAGGGCUUUAGAGAAUUACAGGCCGCCGUUUGAUGCCACGGCGGUGAGGAAGCUGAGGGAAUGUGGCGCCAUUGUUGUUGGGAAGACUAAUUUGGAUGAAUUUGGUAUGGGGAGUACAACCGAGGGCUCCGCCUACCAGUUUGCAAUUAUAAUCCUCUUUUUGGGAUGCUCGAGUAGUCUCUACCUUGUUUCUACUGCACUCUUUGAUGGACCUCCUGGUAUACUGGCAUUGGCUUUGCUAGAAUUUUCAAAAUGGGAUUUGUGGUGGGGUGGGGAGGGAGCCAUAGAAUAUAAAGGGCUACAUAGUUUUACAAACUCAGUGGCAGCCAUCACCCAUAUAUAUGGUUCUGCACCGGCACCAAGUGGUGGCUUCUGCAUAUUCGACUCUUGA